AAAAAGUUCUAAGACAUGCUUCUGGGGAGAGAGAAGGAAGCGGUUUAAGAGUAACUUUGCCCGAGCGCCGGGGGCGGGCCCUGGCGGGGGACACACCCCGAGGCCAGCCGAAGCUCAGGGAGGAGCCGAGCAGGGCUGUCACCUCUCCCGGCGGUGGAUGGCCAGCGCUGCUCGGAGUUACACCGGCGCUUUCACUUCGGCGGAUUGCUCCACAGUCAUGCUUCGGCUCUCGGUCCUCCUGAGUCUGGUUUUUACUGCUAUUGCUGGAUUGUUGUCCAAAAGUGAUAAAGCCCAGGUGACUGAUGUCAACUCUCAGGGGUCAAAAUUCAGGUGGAAUGUUACUAAAAGUGACACCAUGUGCUCGGAAGGCCUGCAUCGUGGUGGCCAAUUUUGCUGUCAGCCAUGUCCUCGUGGCACACGGAAAGAUACUGACUGCACAGUUGAUGGGGGCAAGCCAAACUGUGUGUCAUGCCAAGAAGGGGAAGAGUACACAGACAAGGACCAUUAUUCUUCUAAGUGCAGAAGAUGUAGCUUUUGUGAUGGAGAACAUGGCUUCGAAGUGGAAGAAAACUGUAACAAGACCCAGAAUACCAAGUGCAGAUGUAAAUCAAACUUUUUUUGUAACAUUCCUCUAUGCGAACACUGUGAAGCUUGCAUUACGUGUGAAUAUGGAAUCAUUGAGAAAUGCACACCAACCAGCAACACUAAAUGCAAAGAAAAAGGGUCCACAUCUAACUCAUUAUUGUGGUGUCUCCUGCUCCUGCUUCUAAUAAUACCUUUCAUAUACUGGAUGAUGAGAAGACACAGAAAGAGCAAGAAAGAAAGGAUUUGUCACCAUGAAGUUACAGCGUCAACCACUGAAAUGGUGCCAAUGAAUUUUCCAGAUAUUGACCUGAGUAAACAUAUCAGUAAUAUUGCUGGGCAAAUGAAAAUAAAUCAAGUUAAAGAAUUUGUUCGGAAGAAUGGUAUCAAUGAAGCCAAAAUAGAUGAGAUCAAGAAUGACCAUCCCCAAGAUACAGCUGAACAGAAAGUCCAACUGCUCCGUAAUUGGUAUCAAUUUCAUGGGAAGAAAGAUGCAUAUAACACUUUGAUUAAAGGUCUCAGAAAAGCCAAUCUUUGUGCUCUUGCAGAGAAAAUUCAGGAGAGUGUCAAGAUGGACAUUACUAAUGACCAAGAAGAUGCAAAUUUCAAAAAUGAAAAUGAAAGACAAAGCUUGGCCUAGAGUGAAAAACAACUAACUCAGUUCUGAGUAUGUGCAAUCAUUGGAAGGAAAUCUGAGUGUUUCAGUAAGUUCUUAAUAGUUGAAAGCUGUAAAUAUUGUUUGGCUUUUUACUGGGUAUAUUUUCUCUUUUCAUUUAUUAGAUUUCCAAAGUUUAUAUGUUUAUAGGUUUUGAGGAUAUCAUGGUUCUGCUUUCAAGUAUACUUAAUAUCUAGUUGGGAAGAGACACAGUCACAAGUCAGUGCAAAGGCAUGUUAAGUCCUCAAAUGGGAGUGAAUACAAAGGACAACAUAUUGGGAUCAUGCUCUAAUAUCUAACACAUGAGUCUGUAGGUAUGACUAUAAUUAGCACAUGCAUAACACAAAUGUCUAUCCACAGGCCAACCCCCUUUCAUGAAUCAAUAGAAGUUGUGAUCUUUUGUUGCUAUGUUAAAGUCACUGGAAAAGCCACUUUGCCUCUGAAUUCUUCCCCCAGCUCCAAGAUAAUUCUAUAGAUUUUAUCAUCAUCUUGGUAAAUUUUGUUUACAACUUUGAGAGGACCAUACCCAGGUAAAGCUUACAUAUACAUCUGAGUGCAGAAUUUAACAAAGUUCUACCUCAAAGCUGCACAGACGAUCAGCAUCUUAUUGUGAAAUAUUUCCAUUUUGAAUUCACAUAGAAAAUGCAGAUUAAAUUUAAAUGCUUGAAUAUUUUAUAUUUUUUUAUGUCAUUCUACUUAUUCAAAAUAAUCUACUUCUUUCUCAGGAUUCAAGAGCAAUAUUAGCAGGAGAAUAUUACUAGAGCGUUACCACCUCUCCAUUUUCUCCUUCAUGUGUUUCUAAAUAGCUUAUUGCACUUCCAAACUUGGAAGAGCCACAAAGAAACACUUAGUGAUCCAUUAGAAGCCAGAACUUUCCUUAGAAAAUUCUAGCCUGGUUUGGAAAGACCUCUUAAAGAAGGUAGCUUUAUGGCAUAUCAUGAAACCUAUGUCUACUACCAAAGCUGGUAAAGUGGAUCCUCAUUUUGCCUCCUCUGACCCAGAAUGUGUUCUCUCUGGCUGUAAGUUGGCAGAAAGUGGCAGUUUACACAUAGUAAGGGAAUAUAAUCAUCAGGUUUUAGGAACUGCCUUUGCUAUUGCUUGGAGCUUUCUAGACAGUCAAGUCCCUUUGACAGCUGCUACUUCCUUUUACAUUUAAUCAGCUCCAAAAGUUCUCAACUGUGAAUUUUAAUAAAUAAUAUUUAUAUAAAUAUAAAUUGAAGAAAGUUAUAAACUGAAGUAUAUUCUGAAGAGCCAACUAAAGAGCUUUUAUGAUUGAAAAUAUAAAAUAUAUAUAAAAUAUCUAACUAAAAGUUUUUUUGUAUUUCUGGUUUUUUUUUUUAAUUUAUUUUGUUUUCAUUUUCUCUAUUAUUAAGUAUAAUCAGUUUAUAAAUCUUUAAUGCUUUCUUUGGUCUCUUUUUAGCCCAGUUUAGCAGUUAAAUAAUUCUCUCCACAGGCCUUUAAUACCAAAAAUAUGCUUCCAGAACAACACAUGAUUAUUUGCUAGACAGGAUUACAAGCUAGAUACUAGAAGGUGGAUGAGAAGGUACAAAUUUUAAGGAGUAAACUUUAUUGAUAAGAAAGCUAAAUGAGGACUUUGAAAUAUUCUUUUCUGCAUACCUUCCAUUUAGCUACUUGGUAACCACUGAACCAUCUGUUUCUCAUAAUUUAAUUUUAUAUUUAACCUAUUACACAAAAAGUAUUGCCAUUUUAACAUGUAAUCAAUAUAAAAACUAUGAAUGAGACAGUUUACAGUAUUUUUUUCAUGUCUUCAAAACCUGGUAUGUAUUUUCUACUUACAGCACAUGUCAGUUUGGACUUAACCACAUUUCAAAUGUCCAGUAGCCACAUGUGGCUAGUGGUUACCAUAUUGGAUAGCUCAGGUCUAGAUCUUUGUUAGAGCAGGUCUAAAGUAACCUUAACUUUACAGUUUGCUUAGCACUAUUAUUAAGGUUUGGCCCUUCCAUGGUCUGUUUAAUGAGGUCUCUUCAUUCUUAUUCAUUGGAACUUCAUUAUUUCUCAACCCUGUGUGCUUUAGGAGCUCCCCAUUAGUUAUUCCAUUCCCCACUACUUGUUCUUUGCCUGGCUCUUGUAGACUCACCUCUGCAUGUGCACAUAGUAUUCAGCCAAAGAUUUAAGAGAUCCUGUCUACAGAUUUCUAGAAUUCUUUGUGUAGUUCCCUCCUUUCCAAUACUCUUCCAGUAAAGUCUGACAGUCUCAGCCUCCCAAACUUCAAUCUUUGUCUCCUCAACUCAGAGGAACGACUAUGCUCUAUUGGGGUCCUCUUCCCUUACUGUGGUCAAGGCAGAAUAUCUAGGUGAUCAAAGGGUUCAUCUUUUUAAUUUCUAUUCUCUGAGAGAUCACAGUCUGUGCUGGCUGUUGUCCAGUUUUCCUUGUCUAGUUGUAGACAGCAGGAGGGCAAUUCUGGUACUAGUUACUCUUGAUGGAAGUCCAGCUUUGCAAGGUGAAAUUGAGACAGAGAACAUCCUAUGCCCAUGCUGGGGACUUGCAGCUAAGAGCUUUGGGUUCCUUUGGGAGGAGAAGUUGACAAGGUCUUUGGACUUCAUGGUGUGGCUCUUUUCUGCAUGGCUUCACCCAAUGGUCCUGAGCUGACUGCUCCCAUGUUAACAAUCACAGCCACGUUCCAAAUCUGAGGUGCCUCCUUGUAUCAAAAUCAUCCUCAUCCUAGUGUACGGGUCAUCUUUGUUGUGGGCAUCCCAGGAAAGAGUGUCAUAGUUUGGGUUACCCAUGCACUGCAGAAAGAGGUCACAGAUCACAUAGUAAGUUUUGUUUAUUCAGAUGUCUUCACCUUCCUCAUUGGCAUGCCCGUGGAAUUCUCCUGUUUCUGAUUUGAUCAGAACAUGUUUAGCCAUUGAAUUAUCAGUUUCUGUACAACUGUCUGGAUAACAGUUAUAUCAAUGCAAAUUAGAAUUUUUUCCACCUUCAUUCUGAAUGGCAAUUUAUCUGGGUAUAAAAUUAUCUACCAAAUUACAAGAAUACUUGUAAUUUUCCCUCAACACUUUGAACAGAUUAAUCCACUGUCUUACAGUAUCUAAAUUUCAUUCCUUUACAGGUAAUCUGUCUUUUUCUCUCUAUUAGCUUUUAAGGUUUCCCUUCCUCUCUUUUUCUUGAUGUCCUGAAGUUUCACUACAAUGACCUUGGGUGUGAAAUUAUUUUUACUCUAAGUAUUUAAUAAGAGUACAUUUUCAAUCAGAAAGACAGGGUUGUCUUGCAUCUUUUAUUGAAAAUUCUCAGCUGUUUGCUCUUUGGAUAAUGCUUCUCCAAAAUUCCCUCUAGUUUCUUCUUCUGAAACUCUUAGUAUUAUCUGGUAAAGCUUUUUGAGUUACCUUCCAGCUCUCUUGAUUUUCCUUUUCUUUUUUUAUAAAUAAAGUUUUCUCUGUAUAUUGCAUUUAGGAGAAUUCUUCAGUACUCUCUUCAAAUUAUUUUCUUUUUGAAUAAGUCAGACUGUUCUAUCCAAUGAGGUAUGCAUUUUGUUAUCUGUAUUUUUCAUUCUUAAGAUUUAUGAUUGGUUUUUGACACUUUACUUGUACAUGUUUCAUUUCUGCUAAUUUUUAAUUAACAAUUUAUUAUAGUUUAUAAUUUUAUUCUACCAUUUGUCUCUUUGAGGACCCUAUACAUAGUUAUUUUAAUGUUCUUUUUAGAAUUUCUUUAUCUACAUCUUAACUGCAGACCUUUCAUGCUGAUUUUGUAGGUUGACUUCCCUAGUGUAGUUUUUUUAAUGUAUUUUUAAAUUUUGGUUUAUAAAUUCAUCUUGAUAAGUUAUGGAGGGUAAUGUUGAUGUUGUGAGAGUGCUCAGGAAUGACUAUGGUUUGUUAGUUUUGUGGGGUGUGGUGGGA